UUCCGGCAGCACGUCAAUCCUCUCUCCAGAAAGUACCAGCAAGAGACGGAGCUUUCCGAGAAAUGGCCGCAAGAUGUAUUCAGUGAUUGCAGCAAGCAGCUUCAUAUAGACAUUGGCUGUGGUAAAGGGGGGUUUUUGCUGGACUUGGCAAAACAAGAACCGAAAGAUGGCUUGGAUUCGUACAACUAUCUUGGAUUGGAGAUUCGUCCCCUGGUGGCACAGUACGCCCGGGAUCGCGUGGCUGUGCACCAUUUACAGGGCAAACUCGAUUAUGUCGGGUGCAACGCCAACGUGGACCUUAGUCGUGUUUUGCGACUCUAUCAAAAGGCUGCUCUUGCCCGCAUGGAUGACGACAAUCAUAAUUUGCGAUUGACCCGUGUAACAAUUCAAUUCCCCGACCCGCAUUUUAAAUCCCAUCACGCCAAACGAAGAGUCGUGACACCGCAGUUGAUUGACGCCUUGGCAGUAUACAUGCCAACGAAUGCGGUAGUUUUUUUGCAAUCGGACGUACAAUCCGUUUUGGACGACAUGCGGCUGCAAUUUCGUGAACGAGCCGUUUACUUUGAGGAUAUGCUGGAAUCGAAGAAUGAUUACCUUUCCGAGAAUUUCUUAGGAGUUCCCACGGAGCGAGAAGUAAGCGUGCUGGAUAAAGGUUUACCUGUGUACCGAGCUGUCUUUACUAGAACCAGCGAACUCCUGUUGCCAGCCACUGAGCGCAUAAUACAGGACGUUCUAUAA